CACUGUGUCCGGAUCACUGAUCACGGAAAGAGCUGAAGAUGUCGGCUCGGUCAUGUGAUCAGCUGUGUCCAAUCACAGCUGAUCACAUGGGACAUGUACACAGAUCAUCAGGGCACUGAUGAUCAGUGUGCCCUGAUGAUCAGUGUAGCCCCAGCAGCGCCACCUGUCAGUGUCCAUCAGUGCCUCAUGCCAGUGCCCAUCAGUGCCACAUCAAUGCCACAUAUCAGUGCCUACCAGUGCACAUCAAUGCCACAUAUCAGUGCCCAUCUGAGCUGCCUUUCAGUGUCACCCAUCAGUGCCAGUCAGUGCCACCUAUCAAUGCCAAUCAGUGUCACCUAUCAGUGCCACCUAUCAGUGUGCAUCAGU